UUUACUUCAUUAAAUAGCUUUAGAAUGAAGGGGGGAAAGGAAAGAAAGAAUUAUUUGACAUUUCCUCCUCAUCAGUAUUGGUAAUAAUAAAAUAGAGAUGCUUUUACGCAUUAAACUUCAUGGGAGUUUGGUCAUGAAAAUCUAUACUGUCUACAUUAAUCUACACAGAUGGACAAAUACAGUAUUUGGUCACUUAAGACUCACUUUAUGUAUGACUGUAUGAAUUUUAUUUUAUUAGAAAACAAGAUAUCAAACCAAGUGCCAUUUAGAAUACCAUUUACAAUAAGGUUCAUUAGUUAAACAUUAGUUAACUAACAUGAACUAACCAUGAGCAAUACAUUUAUUACAGUAUUUAUUAAUCAUUGUUAAUGUUAGUUAAUAAAAAUCCAGCUGUUCAUUGUUUGUUCAUGUUAGUUCAAAGUUAACACAUACAUUUGAUUUCAAUAAUGUAUUAGUAAAUGUUGAAAUUAACAUUAACUAAGAUUAAUAAAUGUGUAGAAGUAUUGUUCAUUAUUAGUUAAUGUUAACCGAAGAAGUUAACUAAUGAAACCUUAUUGUAAAGGUGUUUAUAUAGCCUACAUUACAUUAUACAAAAAAACUGUAUAUGCAUUAUUCAAAAUAUAAUCAAUGAAUUUUGAAUAAAAAAUUAGGCGUUUAUGAAGUUAAAGAUCGCCCAGGAUUUGUUUGAUGUUUAUAUGUAAUAUAAUGUAAUAUAAUAUGUUUAGUUUGGUAUUAUCUAAUGCAAUUAAGUUUAUACAUUAAUAUUUUGAGAAAUAAUGUUAUUAACUUCUACUACUUCUCGCAUAUUGAGUAUGGUGUAGCAAUUGAGAUGCACCUCCUCUACCGUUUUGCUGCGCGUAAAUGGAAUCUCCGUUGAGAUUUACGCACAGCAUUACGCGGCGAUCAGUCGCAAACGCUGUGAAAGCAGUCUACAAGAGCAAAUGAUUAAGUCUGGGCUAUAUGACAGGUUUACAUAGACUGCAUUGAAGUUCUUAUGCGCUUUUGGAGAUGUAAAUCACCUCCAUCUGAUGUCCAACAGUCCCAGAAGUUUGUGGGAAGGCGGCAGAGUUUGAUCGAGGAUGCGCGUAAGGAGCGCGAGGCGGCGGCAGCGGCGGCGGAGGCUGCGGGACUCAACGAGCAGAUCGUGUUCGAGGAGAGCGAUGGAAAAGCCUUGCUCAGUGUCUUCUUCUCUCUGAGGAGUUCGAAGAGCCCAGCGCUGUCCCGCACUCUCAAGGUCUUUGAGACAUUUGAAGCCAAGAUCCACCAUCUUGAGACCAGACCCAGCCGAAAACCAAAGGACGGCUUGGAGGAUCUGGAGUAUUAUGUUCAGUGUGAGGUGCACCUUUCAGACGUCAGCACGCUGGUCAGCUCUCUCAAGAGAAGUGCAGAGGACGUCAAAACCACAAAAGAGGUCAAAUUCCAUUGGUUUCCCAGAAAAAUUGCUGAAUUGGAUAGAUGCCAUCAUCUUGUUACCAAAUUUGAUCCCGAUCUGGAUCAGGAUCAUCCAGGAUUCACUGACCCUGUUUACAGAAAACGACGGAAGAUGAUUGGAGACAUUGCCUUCAAAUAUAAACAUGGAGAAUCGAUUCCUAAAGUUGAGUAUACGGAAGAGGAGAUUGGAACAUGGCGAGAAGUGUAUUCCACCCUCAGAGAUUUGUACACAACCCAUGCCUGUAGUGAACAUUUAGAGGCUUUCCGGUUACUGGAGAAACACUGUGGCUACAGUCCCGAUAACAUCCCUCAGCUGGAGGAUGUGUCCCGCUUCUUAAAAGAGCGCACAGGAUUUCAGCUGAGACCAGUGGCAGGUCUCCUCUCCGCACGAGACUUUUUGGCCAGCCUGGCCUUCCGUGUGUUCCAGUGUACGCAGUACAUACGGCACGCUUCCUCCCCCAUGCACUCCCCUGAACCGGAUUGUGUCCAUGAACUUCUUGGACAUGUGCCGAUAUUGGCUGAUAGAACAUUUGCACAGUUUUCUCAGAGUAUUGGUCUGGCCUCUCUUGGAGCUUCUGAGGAAGAUAUUGAGAAACUGUCAACACUGUAUUGGUUCACGGUGGAGUUUGGACUGUGUAAGCAAGGAGGGAAGAUCAAAGCGUAUGGGGCAGGACUGCUGUCGUCUUACGGCGAGCUGGUGCACUCUCUCUCAGAUGAGCCAGAGAUACGGGAAUUUGACCCGGACAUUGUAUCUGUUCAGCCAUACCAAGACCAAACGUACCAGCCCGUCUAUUUUGUGUCGGAGAGCUUCACAGAUGCGACAGAGAAACUGAGAGCGUACGUGACCCGCAUCAAGAGACCUUUUUCUGUCCGGUUUGACCCGUACACAGACAGCAUAGAAGUGCUGGACAACCCUCUGAAGAUCCAGCAAGGGCUGGAGACCAUCAAAGACGAACUGAAGAUUCUCACGGACGCCCUGAAUGUGUUGGCUUGAUCCUGCCAUGAGGAGCCAAUCAGCUCUCCCGUUUCUCUGUGCUUCACAUGUGACGUUGUUCUCAUCGUUAUGCUGUGUGUCUCUGUCUAAAUCUGCUGCUACAGAUGUCGUUGCUUUUAAAACGCUGAGUGCCACCCUUAAAACCUCAUGUUGGAACUUGAUACCACAAACCUUAAAGGGUUAGUUCACCCAAAAAUGAAAUUUCUAUCAUCAAUUACUCACCCGUUCCAAAAAAGUACGCAUUUCUUUCUUCUGCCGAACAUCAAAAAGAUAUUUUGAACAAAUUGUGUAACCAAACAUUUUAAACAAACUUCAAUUGUAUAGUCAAAACAUACAAUGAUUCAUCAAAAUCUUCUUUCAUGUUCCACAAAAGAAAGUCACACAUAUUUUUGGAAGAACGAGGGUGAAUAAAUGAUGACAGAAUUUUCAUUCUUGAUCUGUGGAUUAAUGGAUCACUCUGUGACUAAAGAGAAAUUGUGUCAACAUGACAUGUAAAUUAUACCCAUUGUAAAUUAAGCUAUUAAGGGGCCGUUUACACGACAGCAUUUUCAACUAAAAACUGAAAACUUUUUAUGUGUUUUAGUCAUUCAUUUACACGACAUCUGCGUUUUGGGCAGUAGACCCUCACUGCAGAACACACAAGAUCCAGGGGGCGGAGACAGGUAGGUUCAGGGAUAUGUAAAGUGGGAGGAGUUGGAUCCAGAUUCAGGGGGUGUAGGUUUAGGUAGAUGGGUAGGUUUAGAUCCAGGGGGUGGAGACGGGUAGGUUUAGGGAUAUGUAAAGUGGGAGGAGUUGGAUCCAGAUUCAGGGGGUGUAGGUUUAGGUAGAUGGGUAGGUUUAGAUCCAGGGGGUGGAGACGGGUAGGUUUAGGGAUAUGUAAAGUGGGAGGAGUUGGAUCCAGAUUCAGGGGGUGUAGGUUUAGGUAGAUGGGUAGGUUUAGAUCCAGGGGGCGGAGACAGGUAGGUUCAGGGAUAUGUAAAGUGGGAGGAGUUGGAUCCAGAUUCAGGGGGUGUAGGUUUAGGUAGAUGGGUAGGUUUAGAUCCAGGGGGUGGAGACGGGUAGGUUUAGGGAUAUGUAAAGUGGGAGGAGUUGGAUCCAGAUCCAGGGGGUGGAGAUGAGUAGGUUUAGAUCUAGGGGGCGGAGACAGGUAGGUUCAGGGAUAUGUAAAGUGGGAGGAGUUGGAUCUAGAACCAGGGGGUGGAGAUGGGUCGGUUUAGAUCCAGGGGGUGGAGACAGGUAGGUUUAGGGAUAUGUAAAGUGGGAG